UAAACCAGAGCCGCUCUCAGUCUUUCCUCUGGUAUAUAUCUUUGUCGCGUGCAAUAUAACCUGAUAUAACCUUACCUAACCCUAAAUUCUUCGUUUACAUGUGCAAUCAAUGUGCGAAUUAUUUUUUUGAGAAGAGAAAUGAAGNCUCAAACGAAUCAGACAAUACCGUGGUCGGGUUUGGAGCUUACCGGACUUUUGGAGGACGAAGAUUCUCACGUGCAUUUUGUGAGAAUGACAAAGCAUAUAGCCCUACAUCCUUACCACUUAAACAACAUCCAACAGGGUGUGAAUCAGAUUUUAAAUUCGUUGUUACACACCUACGACAGAGAAUUGAAAGGAUUUGUGUUGACGUAUAAAAAUCCAAAACUGAUCAGUAAUCUUACAGAAGUACGUUUUGACUCUCCCUUUGUUCACAUUGACGUUGACACAGAGUUUUAUCUGUUUCGUCCAUUGGUGGGAUCCUAUGUGAAAGGCACAGUGAACAAGAAGGGACUGGAUUAUAUUGUUGUUUUGGUGAAUAAAAUGUAUACAAUAUCUGUACCAAAACCAGACGAUGCCGAUGAAUGGUUGGGCGACUUGAUAGAAGUUGGUCAGGAAGUUAGAUGUUGUAUAAAUCAUAUAGAUUACAUGUGCAGACCUCCUUUCAUUUGCGCCACUUUACAGUCUGACUAUUCGCAAGGAUGCAGAAUAAACAUCAAUAAUGUUUAUGAGAUGAGUAACGGGAUUGAAAACAAUUCGGAGUCCACGUCACAGUUCGAUUGGCCGCAAGAGCGCAAGAUAAAUAUCAAUGAUUAUGUUGUUGAAAAUUACAAUACAAUGAACGAUGCAAAUGUUGAAGUGGAGGAAGUAGCCAACGUAAAAAUCAAAGUUGAAAAGAUGUCCUCUCCAACGGAGGACGAAGUUCUUUCCGACAGAGAGCGAUAUAGUUCGCGGAAGAAAAAGAAGCGUCGUAAGUCCGACGAAGACGUUAUUAAAGAUAAAAACGAAGGUAUUGUAAAAUUUGAGCACGACGAAUCUCUUUCUGACGGGGAGCAAAAGAAACACGAGAAAAGUCGCAAAUCCAACGAGGACGUCUUCAAAGACCAAAGUAAAAAUACUUUAAAAUCCGAGCGCGACAAAUUUCAUCUCGACGAAGAGCGUGACAGUCAGCCAAGGAAACGGAAAAGGAGUCAUAGAUCCGACGAAGAUAACUGUGAGGACGAAAGUGAACGUAUUGUAAAAUCCGAUCACGAAGCUCUUUCCGACAGAGAGCGAGACGGUCGGCGAAAGAAACGGAAAAAAAAUCAUAAAUCUAACGAAGACGUAUGUGAGGAUGAAAGUGAACGUACUGUAAAAUCUGAGCACGACGAGGCUCUUACCGACAAAGAGCGAAAGAAACGGAAAAAAAAUCAUAAAUCUAACAAAGACGUAUGUGAGGAUGAAAGUGAACGUACUGUAAAAUCCGAGCACGACGAGGCUCUUACCGACAAAGAGCGAAAGAAACGGAAAAGGAGUCUCAAAUCCGACGACGAGGAUGUUAAUGAAGACAAAAGUGAAAAAAAUAUUGUAAAAUCCGAGCACGACAAAGUUCGUCUCAACGGAGAGCGAGACGGUCAUCGAAAGAAACAGAAAAGAAAUUCCGACGAGGAUGUCUUUGAAGACAAAAGUGAAAGUAUUCUAAAAUCCGAGUUCACCAACAACAAAGUUCUUCCCGAGCGAGACAAUCAGCAAAAGAAACAAAAACGGAAUCGUAAAUUCGAUGAGAACGUUUUUGAAGACGAGAGCAAAAGUACUGUAAAAUCCGAGCACUCUAGUAGCGAGAUUAACAAUGUGAAGAUUAAACAGGAAAAGUUCAGUGAGGUAGAAAAUUGAAAAAAAAAAAAAUAAAUAAAUGACACAAUUUUUAUAAUAAAACACAGUUUUAUUAUAAAAACCUUUUAUUACUCUUUUUUUAAUUUAUUUUUUAAAAGUUCAAAGAGCAAAAGAUGUGCUUUUUAUAUUCCUCCGGUCUUUUUUUUUCACGGAUUUCAAGUUUCAAAUUUGAACAAAUUACAUGUGUCAUCCCUCUCAUUCCACUUCCCCCCGUGUACGUUUGUUCACUCUGUAUCGCACUUUCUCUCAACCUCCCGUCCCGAAACUUAGCGUCAUACUACGUGCAAACUAAAGACCAAGAAAAAAAAAGACGUUCUCUUUCCUUUUCCAAAUUGUAUAUAUCCACUUUUCUCAAAAUCGAAGCAAAAAAAGGUAAAGUUCCUCGAGUUAGAGUUCGUGCGUUCAUUCUGAUUGAAUUUCUAGUUGAAUCAAAAAUAAGUAGAACAGAGAAUUGACCACAUUUGGGAGACAAUUGCGAAUCGUUAUUGUGUAAGAUAGAAAAAAAAAAAACAGAUGUGGGAAGAAUUAAUUUUUAAGAAAUUAUUUUUACAAACGAAUUACCUACAAAUAUAUAUAUAUGUAUGUAUAUAAUAUCUUAUACAAUUUAAAAUAAAUAUGUAUAUUUGACGCGCUAUCACGCGUCUCUCCGAUAUAAAUAUUCUUUUCAACGGAGAAAAGACAAAUGGCGAAAAACAAAAACGAUAAAGGACUGAACCUAGUGUAGGUUUUUCACUUAAUUUUAAUAUCGAACAAUUAGAUUAUACAGCAGUGUGUAUCACCUACAUCAUGUCAUUUAUACAUUUACUGGUUUUUUCUUGUUUUUUUUUUUUUUUUAUCAUAUCUCAUGGAUGAAACAAAAAUGAUGAUGUUGACGUAUGUAGCUCGAAGAGGCUCGGAUUGCGCGUUUGUGUGUGUUUUUUUUUUUGUUCAGAGAAGACAAAAAAUUAUAUAAUACGAAACAUAAAAACAGUUUUAUUGAUACGUACAAAUUAUCUUAACGUACACACGUCGUAGUCCGCGAGUCGGUCUCUUAGACACUUAAAGCUCUGAAACUUUUUUUUUUUUUCGGAAAAAGCUGUGUUAUCGUCUCGAUCACUUUUGUCUACAAAAAUUGACGAUUUUCUG